ACCCGGAUGGGGACUAGUGACGUAUUAAUGUUGACGCUCUUCUAGGUGCAUCUCCAGAGGAAGGAAGAUUUGUCAGAUAAAAUAGCUACAUCUAUCUAUAACAAGCUAAUGAAUAAUUCCUACUGGAAAUCAGUCAAAAACCUGGGAGUUAUUGUUUUUUUUAAGCCUGUGGAAAUGGUUAACCAAAAGACACGCUUUCUCUUUUUCUCUGUCGGCAAACUACAUAGGGCACGUGCCUAGUUAACUAAGAUUUGUUUUAAAGUAAGUAGCAUUAGCUGGCUACCGUGCCAGCCAAUGACGUCAGUGCCGUUAAAUUGGCUAUUUACUUUGUGAACUAUCGAUAACUUUUUUGUUUUACGUCCAUAUUUUGCUAGCUAGCUUGUCGACUCCCUAUCCUCUUUUGAAGAUAGGAAGUGUGGAGAAGACACGUCACUGAGGAGGGAUGCCUGUUGAAAGUGGAAGUAGCAUCGCCGCCCGCCAGGCAAAGCAGAAACGCAAGUCCCACAGCCUCUCUAUCGGCAGGACCAACAGCACGGAGCAAGAGCGCGCAGGAAUGCAGAGAGACAUGCUGGAGGGCCAGGAUUCGAAGCUACCCAUAAAUGUGAGAAGCAAUCUUCUAGACCUCUUUGGGCAGAUUGAGCGGGAAUUUGAAAAUCUAUACAUUGAAAAUCUGGAAUUGCGGCGAGAAAUUGACACACUGAACGAGCGCCUGGCAGUUGAAGGGCAGGCCUUUGAUGGAAGUGAUCUGGGCAAGGGCCCUUUAAAAGCAAAAGCUAGUCAUAGCACAAGCCAGCUCUCUCAAAAGCUGAAGACCACAUACAAAGCAUCUACAAGCAAGAUCGUGUCCAGUUUCAAAGCCACUACAUCCCGGGCAGUGUGUCAGCUGGUGAAGGAGUACGUAGGUCAUCGGGAUGGGAUUUGGGAUUUGAGCGUCACUCGGACACAGCCGGUGGUUCUGGGCACUGCCUCUGCUGAUCAUAGUGCAAUGCUGUGGAGCAUUGAGACUGGAAAGUGUCUUCUUAAAUAUGUCGGCCAUGCUGGGUCAGUUAACUCUAUCAGGUUUCAUCCUACUGAACAGAUGGCCCUUACAGCGUCUGGGGACCAGACGGCUCACGUCUGGAGGUAUAUGGUGCAGCUGCCCGCCCCGCAGCCUGUGGCAGACGUCAGCGCGAACUGCGACGAGGACGUGGACUUCUCGGACAAAGACGAGGCGGACGGGGACGCGGACGGCCCCAUCGAGUGCCCCACCAUCCGCCUGCCGUCCAGCACGCUCAAGAGCCACCAGGGCGUGGUGAUCGCCGCCGACUGGCUGGUCGGGGGCAAGCAGGCGGUCACGGCCUCCUGGGACCGGACCGCCAACCUGUACGAGGUGGAGACGUCCGAGCUGGUGCACUCGCUAACAGGUCACGACCAGGAGCUGACCCACUGCUGCACCCACCCGACCCAGCGCCUGGUGGUGACCUCCUCGCGCGACACCACCUUCCGCCUGUGGGACUUCCGGGACCCCUCCAUACACUCCGUCAACGUGUUCCAGGGACACACCGACACGGUGACGUCGGCGGUGUUCACCGUGGGAGACAACGUGGUGUCCGGGAGCGACGACCGCACCGUGAAGGUGUGGGACCUGAAGAACAUGAGAUCUCCGAUAGCGACCAUCCGCACCGACUCGGCCAUUAACAGGAUAAGCGUCUCUGUGAACCACAGGAUCAUCGCUCUCCCCCACGACAACCGGCAGGUCAGGCUGUUCGACAUGUCGGGAGUGAGGCUGGCGCGACUCCCGCGCAGCAACAGACAGGGACACCGGCGCAUGGUGUGCUGCUCGGCGUGGUGCGAGGACAACGCCUCCUGCAACCUGUUCAGCUGCGGGUUCGACCGGCAGGCCAUCGGCUGGAACAUCAACAUCCCCGCGCUGCUGCAGGAGAAGUGAAGACCCGCCCCGGGGCCCGAUCGAUGGGCAUCCUCCUCCUCCUCCUCCUCCUCCGGGGGAGAGGUGGACCUGAGUGUGCGCUGUACUGUCAGUCCACUGGCCUCUGUGUGUGUGUGUGUGUGUGUGUGUGUGUGCGCGUGCUAUACAGAUACGACAUUUCAUCAUCAGCCUCUCUAUGCUUAAAUACUCACAAGGUCUCAAACGCCAGGAGAAAAUAACGAGCACCGGAAUAGCCGCACCUGAGUCGGCAACAUUGCUUUGUGUCGUUGGCCCUGUAGAGGAUUGAACUUAACAGUUCAAGUCAGAGCUUAAUUCUAAAUCUGUGAGAACAUGUCAGUUUUAUUGUGGUUCAGCCUGCGUAUUAUGUAUUAGAUAACUGAUGAUUAACUAUAUUCCCCUGAAUAUUGUGUGUUUGCGUGUGUGUGUGUGUGUGUGUGUGGGGGGGUGGGGGGGGGGGGGUGCGUGCUUUGGGGAGUACUUCUCUGAGUGGAUAAUAGUUACUGUAAAGGAUGCUGUGAAUGAUGAUGAUGACUAGAGAGCUUUACUCAAGUAUCACUCGUGUGCUGUUUUUUUCUCCACCUGGCUCAGUCCGUGGCGGAGGUGAGAGAAUGUGCCAGUGCCAUUUUGAGGAGGGUACCUUUCAGGUCGCUACACACUGUCAUGAGGGACACCUUAAAAAUGCCACCAUUCGUUUUCAGCCUGACCUUUCCGUGGAAGCAACACGUAGCGUAGCGUGAGGACUUUCAGUUUUGUGGAGUAGGAGCUUGGAGUAGAAACUCAUACACAUUUCUUUGCCUCGCAAGGUAAAGGGCUGUUCACCGAUGGCCUUCUAUCUCCAGGGAGGCAGGUAUUCGUCAUUUUGAAAAUGUAAGAAGCUGUCAAAUUUGCCCUUGUACGACCAGAAUCUACAAUCGCAUGCGUGAAUGACUAUGGGUUUAUACACUGGAUGAUCAGAUGACUGGGGUGUCAGUAUAAUAAUUCUGGUUAUGGAAAUUCAAGCGAGGUAGCAUUAGCUUGGUAGCUUAGUGCUACUCAUCAGGUAACAGGCAGACAGGACUGGCACAUUGCCACGCCUCCUCCCAACGCAACCCGACGAACAUUAGCUGUGUCAGCGCAUGCCGCCCCGCUUGAACAGUGUGUAGGGCGUCCUUACUCUUCUGAUACCCCUUACUUCUUCCGUCUGUCAAAAUGGCCUUUUGUUUUGUGAAUUUUAUUGAGUGCAGCUAUAAAGUGUAAUCAUAUUCAAGUCAUUUGUGUACAGAUGCUGUUACAAUUAGUCUGUAGGUAUGUUGAGAUGUUGGCUACUUCAUGUACAGUAAAUUUUUAGCUAUGCAUUUAGGCAAUAAAGGCACUGAUUUAGUUCCAUGAAUGUAAACACGUAAUAAUGAAUUCAAGGCCCGGAUCGUGCCGUCAGACACAAUACUCAGAUGUUUGUGGAUACGGGGCCCAUCCAAAGCACAUCGUCCUCUAAAACAGUAUAGCGCUGUCAGGAUUCAUAGCAUGAGGAGCUAAGCCUAUUACAUUGUAAAUGUCAGCUUUGAAAGACUUAAGCACUAUAUAAAAGUUAUUGUAAUGUGGUAUUUCUGUCUAUUGAUGUUGAAUGUCUCCAAUAAAAAUGCAGUCUGUUUAGACUGCCUGUGUA